AGCGGAAGGUGUUUAUGGUGGUCAUGAACUAUUUAAUUUUGUCAGUGAAAUCUUUUUCUGCAUUACUGGAGACUGUCGAGAGAUUGUCUUUUUUUUUUAACCACGUGUUUGCAGUUUUUCAUAUUCACUUUUUUUUUUUUUUAAUUCUCAAAGAGCAUUUCCUUUGCGGGUUGUGUUUUGAAUCCUCAACUAGAUAAAAAUGUUUAGGAAAAGCACACAAACACACCUUGGGUAGAUAAGAGGAACCUCCUUUAUACGUGAUCCCCUUAAUGAAGUCAACUUAACACAAAACGUCCUCUAGUUCUUGUAGAUGGAAGGGACUUAUGGGGUCAUUUCUCUCCCAUAACUGUCCUACACCCAAACGACCACUACAAAGCAAUCAGCCUCUUCCUCCACGUUUUCUGGAGGAAAAUACCUUUGUCUUUACUGCUUUAGGAUGGAAUCGUUUGCAGGCAGUGAGAUGGUAGAAAUUAUGCUUAAGGGUUUCUGACAAUGAAGUCUCUGUGUGAGGUGGGGAGGAUGAGGAAAGGGUGCCGGAAAAGUUAUUGCCGCUAACAAGUGUUCUCCCUUCCCUGAAAUUACCUCAAAACACAAAAGGUGAUCGCAACUACCUUGGAGAGCUACCAAGUAAAGCUUGAGUUUACUGAUAGAUUUUGUUUGGUAACACCAGUUUUCUCCAUUUUUUUCCAGUGAAUCUGACAGCCAAAAAGAUUGAGACCUCACUAAAGUCACAUAGCUCGGUGACCGAGCGAUGGGUAGUGCAGAGGACUUUUUUUGAUCCUGUCUAGUGCUUACCAUGACACUAGCCCUAACAACAAGUUUAUUCCAUUUUCCUAAACGUGUUAAUUUACACUUUAAAUUCAGUGUGGUAACAUGCUGCUUACAGAAAUUUGAGGGUGAAAUCUUCUGGAACACAAUUAGUUUCUGGCUUCUGGAGGGUUGAUGAUGACUUGGUGUGUGCCUUGCCUAGUUUCACUUGAUACUCUUCAGGAAUUAUGUAGAAAAGAAAAGCUCACAUGUAAAUCGAUUGGAAUCACCAAAAGGAAUCUAAACAAUUAUGAGGUGGAAUACUUGUGUGACUACAAGGUAGUAAAGGAUAUGGAAUAUUAUCUUGUAAAAUGGAAAGGAUGGCCAGAUUCUACAAAUACUUGGGAACCUUUGCAAAAUCUGAAGUGCCCGUUACUGCUUCAGCAAUUCUCUAAUGACAAGCAUAAUUAUUUAUCUCAGGUAAAGAAAGGCAAAGCAAUAACUCCAAAAGACAAUAACAAAACUUUGAAACCUGCCAUUGCUGAGUACAUUGUGAAGAAGGCUAAACAAAGGAUAGCUCUGCAGAGAUGGCAAGAUGAACUCAACAGAAGAAAGAAUCAUAAAGGAAUGAUAUUUGUUGAAAAUAGUGUUGAUUUAGAGGGCCCACCUUCAGACUUCUAUUACAUUAAUGAAUACAAACCAGCUCCUGGAAUCAGCUUAGUCAAUGAAGCUACCUUUGGUUGUUCAUGCACAGAUUGCUUCUUUCAAAAAUGUUGUCCUGCUGAAGCUGGAGUUCUUUUGGCUUAUAAUAAAAACCAACAAAUUAAAAUCCCACCUGGUACUCCCAUCUAUGAAUGCAACUCAAGGUGUCAAUGUGGACCUGAUUGUCCCAAUAGGAUUGUACAAAAAGGCACACAGUAUUCGCUUUGCAUCUUUCGAACUAGCAAUGGACGUGGCUGGGGUGUAAAGACCCUUGUGAAGAUUAAAAGAAUGAGUUUUGUUAUGGAAUAUGUUGGAGAGGUAAUCACAAGUGAAGAAGCUGAAAGACGGGGACAGUUCUAUGACAACAAGGGAAUCACGUAUCUCUUUGAUCUGGACUACGAAUCUGAUGAAUUCACAGUGGAUGCGGCUCGAUACGGCAAUGUGUCUCAUUUUGUGAAUCACAGCUGUGACCCAAAUCUUCAGGUGUUCAAUGUUUUCAUUGAUAACCUCGAUACUCGUCUUCCCCGAAUAGCAUUGUUUUCCACAAGAACCAUAAAUGCUGGAGAAGAGCUGACUUUUGAUUAUCAAAUGAAAGGUUCUGGAGAUAUAUCUUCAGAUUCUAUUGACCACAGCCCAGCCAAAAAGAGGGUCAGAACAGUAUGUAAAUGUGGAGCUGUGACUUGCAGAGGUUACCUCAACUGAACUUUUUCAGGAAAUAGAGCUGAUGAUUAUAAUAUUUUUUUUCCUAAUGUUAACAUUUUUAAAAAUACAUAUUUGGGACUCUUAUUAUCAAGGUUUUACCUAUGUUAAUUUACAAUUCAUGUUUCAAGACAUUUGCCAAAUGUAUUACCGAUGCCUCUGAAGAGGGGAUCACUGGGUCUCAUAGACUGAUUUGAAGUCGACAUAUUUAUAGUGCUUAGAGACCAAACUAAUGGAAGGCAGACUAUUUACAGCUUAGUAUAUGUGUACUUAAGUCUAUGUGAACAGAGAAAUGCCUCCCGUAGUGUUUGAAAGUGUUAAGCUGAUAAUGUAAUUAACAAUUGCUGAGAGAUCAAACCUUCAACUUGCCAUACACCUCAAAUUCGGAGAAACAGUUAAUUUGGGCAAAUCUACAGUUCUGUUUUUGCUACUCUGUUGUCAUUCCUGUUUAAUACUCACUGUACUUGUAUUUGAGACAAAUAGGUGAUACUGAAUUUUAUACUGUUUUCUACUUUUUCAUUAAAACAUUGGCACCUCAAUGAUAAAGAAAUUUAAGGUAUAAAAUUAAAUGUAAAAAUUAAUUUCAGCUUCAUUUCAUAUUUUGAAGCAAUCUAGACUGUUGUGAUGAGUGUAUGUCUGAACCUGUAAUUCUUAAAAGACUUCUUAAUCUUCUAGAAGAAAAAUCUCCGAAGAGCUCUCUCUAGAAGUCCAAAAUGGCUGGCCAUUAUGCUUCUUUGAAAGGACAGGAUAAUGGGACCAGGGCGGUGUUUUGGAGUACCAAGCAAGGGGAAUGGAGCACUUUAAGGGCACCUCUUAGUAACAUGAAUUGGAAAUCUGUAUCGAGUACCUCUGGUCUAAACAGUAAAACAAGCUGCCUGGAGAGCAGCUGUACCUAACGAUACUGUAAUGUACAUUAACAUUACAGCCUCUCAAUUUCAGGCAGGUGUAACAGUUCUUUCCACCAGAUUUAAUAUUUUUAUAUUUCCUGCAGGUUCUUCUUAAAAAGUAAUCUAUAUUUUUGAACUGAUACUUGUUUUAUACAUAAAUUUUUUUUAGAUGUGAUAAAGCUAAACUUGGCCAAAGUGUGUGCCUGAAUUAUUAGACCUUUUUAUUAGUCAACCUACGAAGACUAAAAUAGAAUAUAUUAGCUUUCAAGGGGGUGGGAGGGUUCCAACAUAGUAUCGAAUCUCAAUCAGGAAAAACUAUGCUUUCAUGUCUGAUUCUGAGAUUUCUAAUUGUGUUGUGAAAAUGAUAAAUGCAGCAAAUCUAGCUUUCAGUAUUCCUAAUUUUUACCUAAGCUCAUUGCUCCAGGCUUUGAUUACCUAAAAUAAGCUUGGAUAAAAUUGAACCAACUUCAAGAAUGCAGCACUUCUUAAUCUUUAGCUCUUUCUUGGGAGAAGCUAGACUUUAUUCAUUAUAUUGCCAUGACAACGUCACUCUUUCAUAAUAUAUAGGAUAAAUUGUUUACAUGUUUGGACCCUCAGAGUCUGUUAACCAAAAUUGCAGAAUGGGGGGCCAGGUGUGUGUGGUGGCUCACACCUGUGAUCCCAGCACUUUGGGAGGCUGAGGUAGGAGGAUCACGUGAGGUCAGGAGUUCAAGACCAGCCUGGCCAUCAUGGUGAAACCCUGUCUCUACUGAAAAUACAAAAAUUAGCCGGGCGUGGUGGCACACGCCUGUAGUCCCAGCUACUCAGGAGGCUGAGGCAGGAGAAUCACUUGAACUCAGGAGGUGGAGGUUGCAGUGAGCCAAGAUCAUACCACUGCACUGCAGACUGGGUGACACAGUAAGACUAUCGCCAAAAAAAAAAAAAAAAAAUUUUUUUUUUUUUUUUUCCCAGAAUGUGUCAAAAAAUACUUUCUUAAUGGCAUUUGUGUUUUAAGGAAAAUCAGUCACAUAGUGUCAGUGUUAAGAAAAGGUCGUAGGUUUACAGGUUGCCCCCAGUGGCCAUACUUUGAAUUGUGAUUCUCAUGGGUUUAAAGAUGUGAUUUUUAAAAAAUCAGUGUUUUACCAUCUAGUUAUUUGAUCUUGUCCACUUUUUUGUGUUUAACAAAAGUGUAAAACUGGAAAGCAAAGAAAAAAAGACUAUUUUCAGUAAACAUG